AUGUCGGAUAGUGUCUCAGAUUCAAAGUCUUCAGAACUUUUAAAUUCUACUUUCUAUUCGUCGACCUCAAUAAACACACUUGAUCAUGCCAAAACCUUUAGAAAUUCUCUGAUAUUGAAAGAGAUUUCUGAUCAGAGUCUAAAUUCAUCAAUAAAGCCAUGCGAGUCCAUCCUUGACGGGGAUGCAGAUAGCUCGGUCUUGCGGCGGUCAUUUGGAGACAGUACUGCCCGAGACUCAGAAGUACAAACGGUAAAUAUGACAACUUCUCCCUCUUUAAGUGCAUUAGCUGAUAUUUUGAACGAAAGAUCCAAAUAUGCUGAUCAAAAAACUAGAAAUGCACAAAAUAUUGAGCCUUCCAUAAUAGAAGAAGAAGAAGAAGAAGAAGAGCAAGACAAAUCGAUCAACUAUAGCGAGGGUUUAACCGGGUCUAGACUGGGUGUACGAGAGGAAGCAAAUGAAAACUUGGCGAUGGCCUCUCCUAACCUUAUUGACAUCGACGGCUCCAAUAGUAUUCAAGUUGCUUCCUCAAGUUUACUCUCUUUUGAUGAACCAGACUUCUUAUCCACUCCUAGAAUCACACCAAAUCCUCAGGGACCGCGGGGCAAAGUUGAUACACAACCUACCAUUCUCGAACAAGAGAUCAGUUUACCAGUCAAGCUGGAGGACGAAGCUAUCGUUCAUUCUGGAACUAAGGACACGACAAAUAGUAUACCACCAUUAAAAGAGAGUUCAAAACCUUCACCUCCUCCAAAUAAAUUACACCACCCAAAAGUUCGUUCAAACAAAGUGGAAGCGCGAAAGUAUACUGAUUCUUCUGCCCAAAGGACUACUUCAGCGGGUUCUGUACUUGAAGAUACUUCUGUGCAUAAAAAGAAAAAGAGUAUAUUUUCGUUUCUCAAGAGGAAAGAACCAAAAGCAGCUAUUAGUAAUAAUAGUAUAUUGAAUGAAAAAAAUAAAAUGUCAUCAUCAAGUACUUUCUCGACGAAUAUCCAAACAUCCUUAAAAACACCUGAAAAGCUAAAGAAGAAAUCACAUAGCAGCAGUAGCAUUUUUAAUUCCUUUCUUAAGGGAAAAAUUGACACAUCAGACUCACCUCGAAAGGAACCAAUAAGGCAAAAAAAAAGAACUCCAAAAUCCAAAGGCAAAAAACAAGAUAUAGAACCAAGGAUUGAUACUGCAUCAGUCUCAUCCGCUGAAUCACCUUUAUUACGAAGAAACUACGACGAUACUGCUGUAAAAACAGAUCACAUAACAAAAUCAGUUGAUCAAAGAAAACCUACUCCUUUGAACAUGGAUCUCAUAUUGGGAGGCGAUGAACACAAGAUAAAUAGCUCACUACAAGAACAGAUAAGAAAAGACGAUGAUACCAAAAAUGAUCCUCAAUUACCGACCAAGGAUAACUUUUUAUCACUGGACUACGAAGCUCCUUCACCAGCAUUUUCGAAACACGAUACAGGCGAGGUCCUCUUCCCCAAGUUUUUGGAUAGUCAUGAAGUUGAUUCAAUCGUUUCUUUAGAAAGGACAAGAUCUACGAAGUCCAACAAGAGAAGUUCGAUGAACUCGCAACGAAGAUCAUUGACAGACACGCUGUCAAUCAAAGCACAUAGUGAGGGAAUGUUUAUCACUGAGGCAUCUUCAGUGGUAUUAUCUACUCCGGACUUGACAAAGUCUCCUGCUAGUAGCAUUUUGAAGAAUGGAAGGUUCGAAUACUCAGAUAACUUCUCCAGAGAGUAUUCUUAUGAAGGGACUACGAAUGAAGAACAAAACGACUUCUUAAACAUCAGUAACGAUAAUGGCCCAUCCAAAAAAGAUGAUAUAUUUUUAGAUUCCAUUGAACAAAAAUUCGACCAGUUGGUGAUGGCUUCUGAUGAAGAAAAAACCGAAGUUGAGAGGGAUGUACCGAAGUCAAGAAAAGAAUCUUUGAAGAAGGAUUCUGAAAGUCAAAGCAUUUAUGCUGAUGAUGACAACGAGUUAAUUUCAGAUAUAAUGGAAUUUGCGAGUUUUAUAAAUUUUGGUGACGAUGAUCUCAAUCUAGAUUUAGACUUAGGAAAUACGACGACACCAUAUGCAGCAGAAACCGUUGAACUUGUUAACAGGGAUGACACAAAUAUCUCUGGCGCUUUCAACACAAGAAAUAACAAAGAACCUGGUUACACAGGAAAAGAUUCUCAGUCUUAUCCUGCUGCUGAACAAGUUACUACGUACGAAGAUGAGCAUCAGGGUCAAUUCCUCACAUGUGAACAAGAUGGAAGCGGAAUGAACGAUAACGAUUUUGAGAAUGAAGAUUUCAACAAACGCACAGAACUGCCCACAGAAGUCACCCCAAGAAAUAAUGCAUAUUUACCAGAAUUCGAACCCAAUAGGCCUGUUUCAAUGUCUUUCAAAGGACUAAAAGCCCCGAGGAUGAACACUUCUUUUAUUGAUUCCAUGACGCCCGACUCUCCUGUAAAAUCAGACAUGACAAGUCUAGGUGACGUGGAUGUAAACGGUAAAAACGAGCAAGGUGUUAGAUUUUCGUCCCAGAUAAUUCUUUACGAUACUUAUGGAGAAUUUGAAUAUGACAGACAUCCAGAAAUCUCCACUUGCAACCAACUAACCCCCCAACUGGCUCAAAUGAUUAAGUUGGAGUUAAAUGAAUUGAAAAGCGCAAUGGAAGUGCACGAUGAUUCACGAUGUUACACACAUUUCUACUAG